GCUGAGGCCGCAGCCAGGAUGGUGGCGCCUUCUCUGAAGCUUCAAGAUCUAAUCGAGGAGAUUCGUGGGGCCAAGACCCAGGCCGAGGAGCGGGAAGUGAUCCAAAAGGAGUGUGCCCACAUCCGGGCCUCCUUCCGCGAUGGGGACCCUGGGCACAGGCACCGCCAGCUAGCCAAGCUACUCUAUGUCCACAUGUUAGGCUACCCCGCCCACUUUGGACAGAUGGAGUGCCUGAAACUGAUCGCCUCCCCCAGGUUCAUAGACAAGAGGGUGGGCUACCUGGGGGCCAUGCUUCUACUGGAUGAGAGGCAGGAUGCCCACCUGCUCAUUACCAACAGCAUCAAGAAUGACCUGAGCCAGGGUAUUCAAGCAGUACAAGGCCUGGCCCUGUGCACUCUAAGCACCAUGGGCUCUGCUGAGAUGUGCCGGGACCUGGCCACUGAGGUGGAGAAACUCCUCCUGGAGCGAAGCCCCUAUGUGCGCAAGAAGGCUGUUCUGACUGCAGUGCACAUGAUCCGAAAAGUCCCUGAACUCUCCGACAUCUUCCUCCCAGUUUGUGCCAAACUGCUUCACGAACGCCACCAUGGCGUCCUGCUGGGCACCAUCACGCUGAUCACAGAGCUCUGCGAACGAAGCCCUGCAGCCCUCAAGCACUUUCGAAAGGUGGUACCCCAGCUGGUACAGAUCCUCAGGACUCUGGUAACAACGGGACACUCCACAGAACACAGCAUAUCUGGAGUCAGUGACCCCUUCUUACAGGUCCAGAUACUUCGUCUGCUUCGGAUUCUGGGCCGGAACCACGAGGAGAGCAGUGAGAGCAUGAAUGACUUGCUGGCCCAGGUGGCCACUAACACAGAUACCAGUCGAAAUGCGGGCAGUGCGGUCCUGUUUGAGACUGUGGUCACCAUCAUGGACAUCCGCUCUACAGCUGGCCUGCGGGUUCUAGCUGUCAACAUUCUUGGCCGCUUUCUGCUCAACAGUGACAAGAAUAUUAGGUACGUAGCCCUGACGUCAUUGCUGCGACUGGUGCAGUCGGAUCACAGUGCUGUGCAGCGACACCGGCCCACCGUGGUGGAAUGUCUUCGGGAACCUGAUGCCUCCCUCAGCCGGCGGGCCCUGGAACUCAGCCUAGCUCUGGUGAACAGCUCCAAUGUGCGAGCCAUGACACAAGAGCUUCAAGGCUUCCUGGAGUACUGCCCCCUUGAUCUGCGGGCAGACUGUGCCUCAGGCAUCCUGCUGGCAGCAGAGAGGUUUGCCCCAACCAAACGAUGGCACAUAGACACUAUUCUGCGAGUGCUGACAACGGCAGGCACCCAUGUUCGGGAUGAUGCAGUGGCCAACCUGACUCAACUGAUUGGCGGGGCCCACGAGCUACAUGCCUACUCUGUGCGCCGCCUCUAUAGUGCCCUGGCACAGGACAUCUCCCAGCAACCACUGGUGCAAGUGGCAGCCUGGUGCAUUGGAGAAUAUGGGGACCUUCUGCUGGAGGGGAGCUGUGAGGAAACUGAGCCACUUCAGGUGGAGGAAGAAGAGGUGUUGGCAUUACUAGAAAGGGUGUUGCAGUCCCAUUUGUCCCUGCCGGCCACCAGAGGAUAUGCCCUCACGGCCCUCAUGAAGCUUAGCACGCGGCUUCGUGGGGACAACAACCGCAUCCGCCAGGUGGUGUCCAUCUACGGAAGCUGCCUGGACGUGGAGCUGCAGCAGCGGGCUGUGGAGUACAACACACUCUUCCGGAAGUAUGAUCACAUGAGGGCUGCCAUCCUAGAAAAGAUGCCUCUUGUGGAACGAGGUGGCCCUCAGGUAGAUGAGGAAGUAAAGCAAAGCAAAGCAGCAGCCCAAAUUUUGGAACCAGCCCCUGUCCCAACAGAGCCCCAGGCCUCAAAGCUUUUGGAUCUGUUAGAUCUCCUGGAUGGCACUUCUGGGGAUGCCCAGCAGCCUCCCCCUCUGGAUCCCUCCCCAGAAGGCACUUUAAUACACCUGCUGGACCUUCCCUGUGCUCCCCCAGCCCCAGCUUCCAUCCCAAAUCUCAAAGUGUUUGAGCGUCAAGGACUACAGCUGAAUCUGUCUUUUGUUAGACCCCCUGGAACCCCUGCUUUGCUCUUAAUCACUGUCACAGCUACCAACACCUCAGAGGGUGAUGUUACCCACUUCAUCUGCCAGGCUGCUGUGCCCAAGAGUUUCCAGCUGCAGCUACAGGCCCCCAGUGGGGACACAGUUCCAGCUCAGGGUGGCCUUCCAGUGACUCAGCUCUUCCAAAUCCUCAACCCUAACAAGGCUGCCUUGCGGUUAAAGCUGCGCCUCACCUACAACCACUUUGGCCAGUCGGUGCAGGAGAUCUUUGAGGUGAACAACUUGCCUGUGGAGACAUGGCAGUAACUCAGCCUCCACUCACAGCCUGAAAUCCUCAUGUCCCAAACCCUUGGGUUCCCAGCUACUUGGAACCUACAUCUGAGGACUACCAGCAGGUGGCACUCUGGUCCUGUGCUUGCCACUGCAAAAACUGGAGGGGGCCUGACCUCCUCCCCCACAAAUAAUGAAAGCCCAAUAAAGCCUG